AUGAUCACUCCCGUUGCAUUCGACAGUAUUGGCUACAAAACCUAUGUCAUACUCGCCGUAAUCAACGCGUUCAUCUUCCCAGUCGUCUACUUCUUCUACCCCGAAACUGCCUACCGUUCCCUCGAAGAGAUGGAUAAUAUCUUCAUGAAGACCAAGUCGAUUUUCACGACCGUGAAGCAGGCCAAGGGCGAGCCGCGUAGAUUCGAUAAGCAUGGAGAGUUGUUGAUUAAGUAUGAGGAGACGGAUGAGCAUAAGAGAAGACAUAGCGUCGCAAAGGUUGAGCAUGAGCAUAGAAAUUCGGUGACGCCUUGA